UAAAACGAUAAUUAUCUAUUAUAAUUAAUUUAAAUCAAUAGAGAAUUGGUCUAAGUAUGUAGUGUGUCUCUUCCUUUUACUACUUGCAAAGUAUACCAAGUUAUUACAUAGAGAUGGAUUUUGCAUUAUUCAUAUUUGUGGCAGGAUGUCUUCAAUAUACAAUUGGCGAAUACGUUCGAGUGGAAAAUCUAUUAAGCAUGCAACAGGGCAUAGGCUGGCCACACUCUUUGACUGUCGUUGAGGGACACCAAGCUCUCAUGAAGCUAAGCAUUACAUUGGAGAACCAACAGUCGUGUGAAGUUACAACUCCGGCUGGUGAAAGAUUUAACGUACUACAUCCGCCUAACAGCAGGUACGAGAAAUGGACUGGCGGUUGUGGUUUGAGAGUGCGGCAUGUCGAGGCUUCAGACGAGGGACGUUGGAGACUUACAGCGUUCAAACCGGGUAGGAAUAUUACAGGAUGGAGCGAAAUACACGUAGAGGAGAAUUUAUCGUCGUAUCCAGCGUCACCGAUAUCCAUUAUUGACGGCGAAAAACACAAAGAGAUAGAAUUGACAACACUCAACAAUAAUUAUUGUCUUGUCACUCAACCAUUUUCUGAGAGCUCGCUGGUGUCUGGACACUGUCGUGUGACGAUAGAUCGGGCUACUAGAGCUAUUCAGGGUAACUGGAAUGUGCUUCUUGGGAUACCUGGUCGGGUAUCAGAGAUGCACGUAGGACGGCGUGUUGAUGUAGAAGCGGAGCGUUUGGAUGUCGGAUAUGUUCAUGAUACUGCCUCUAAGAAACUUCACCUUUACUGUAAUAUUCUCCAUACUAUUAAAAAUAUUACAUUCUGUCGAUUUCAAAAAACCGGUGCUGAGGCGGGUUACAAUAUUAUGGAUGGAAUAAGUGAUGGUAGUCACAGUUACUAUGGUAAUGGUUUUGCUGAAAAACAUUGCGGCAUAACUUUAGAAAAUCCUACACCGGAUGAUUAUACUACGUGGCGUUGUUCAGUAGGAGUAAAACAGUGGGUGGGUACACAUACUAAGGAUCAGACUCCAUUGCAGGCGUUGAUUAGUGUACCUCAAUUGUCAGGCCAAACGACGAUCAAACGAAACACUAACUUUGAUGGCAUUGAGGAACGAGUUAUAUUUGUACAAGAAAACAUGACUUUUUCCAUAAGUUGCCAAUCCAAUAUUUCACUCGCAUAUUGCUGGUUCCAACACCCCAACGGUUCGCAGUUUACACCAUUGCCACAACUACCUACAAAUAAUGAGGAUCAGCUAUUUUGGUAUACAGGAGAGAGUCUUCAGACUGGUGAAUGUGGAAUUACAUUUACGCACGUCAAGAAAGAGGACGCCGGACAGUGGACCUGUCACAUGGGCCCUACAACUCACUCGGGUAUAGAAUUGACAGAUCAAGUAACCGUUCGCGUUACUGGUCCACUUGCAGCCAACGUAGUCGAAGUUCCUGCUAAUAUCGGCGGAGAGGCUACACUGUAUUGUCAUACGUCAAAUGGGAACAAACCUUUGAAUUAUUGCCGAUUCCUAUCACCAAGAAACCUAGGUAUUACAAUAGAUUCGAGUGUAACGCAAGAAAAUGCAAUAUUACAACGUUACUACUUUACACCAGAGCGACAUCUGGAUUAUGGAGAUUGUUCACUAACGAUAAAUCCAGUACACGCACAAGACUUAGGAGAAUGGACAUGUGCAGCUGUUAUCAAUGAAAGUCAGAUGGAGGCUAGAGACGUUAUUGUAGUGUACUUUGAUAAGUCUGCACCACUCUCCCGAGCAGGUAUUAUAGGAAUGGUCAUUGGACUUCUAGUUUUGGUUGGUAUUUUGGCCGGAUUCGUUGGUUAUAAGCGUGGAUGGAAAAUUCCAAACUUGUCAAUAAAUUUUCCUGGUCGUAGAAGUGUAGCGAAUAUGCAAAUCCAAGAUGACAGGUCAUCGGUUACAUCGACAUCAUCAUCAACUCAGGAUAUUGUUCAAUUCGAUGUUAUUAGCCCUGUUGCUCAACCUCGUCCUUAGUCCUCGUUAAUGCUUAGGUUUUUCAUUUUUUUAUUCCAUUUUAUGAAAACAAUUAUGAACAAUAUAUAGAAAUAAAAUUAUUAAUUAUGUACGCAUAUGUAACUACUGAUUAAGAAUUAUCUAAAAUAUAGGUCUAAUAAAAUAAAUACAUUUAAUCUUAUUUGUUAUGGGCAAAUUAAAAAUAUACUAAACCGAUUUUAAAAAUUCUUUCACCUAUAUACAAAACUACAUUAUUAGCAUGAAACGUUGGCUGUGUUUUAAUUAAAAAAAAAAAAAAAAAAAACGCCGUGCAAAGCAAGGCUCAGUCAGUAGUUUAUUAAAUUAUAUUAGGUUUUUAUUUGUGUAAAUUGUUAUCUAUCACGCUUUAUAAUUUUAGAUAUUUCAAAGUUACAUGCUAGUAAAGGAUUCGUUAGUUUAUAAAAAUAAUUUUGUUUAAUUCCGCUACAAUCAGUAUGCGUGCGACUGCUAACAUUUGAAGAUCAAUUGCGGUUAUUAUUACUAAUGGUACCGGAUUUAAACAAACUAAUUUUAAUCAACCAAGCAGUGACAUGCAUUUCCGCAAAAUAACGUCUAGUUUAGUAAAAGGAGUUAUUGAAUACUUUUAUUCAUACCAUGUGUAAUUUCAAUACGGUAAAGUUUCCAAAUAAAAAUAUAUUUAAAAUUAAAGAA